CUUGGAGCGCGAUGCAAUGAGAAGGGAGCUUCUGCCCGCCGAGGGAAAAUGAACACUCACUGAAGAACAAGAAGUACCCUCCGACAAGUAGGCGUCCACUGAUGAGGAAGCCAGUCCUACCCUCCCUUGCUUGAUCAUGGGCACCAAAAAUGAAGAGAUGGUUUCUGCAGAGCAGAACUUGAACCCUCUGUGCUUUGAAUGUGGCCAACAACAUUGGACAAGAGAGAACCACUUGUACAAUUACCAGAAUGACGUGGACGAUGACUUGGUCUGCCAUAUUUGCCUUCAACCCUUGCUACAGCCAUUAGACACGCCUUGUGGUCACACUUUCUGCUAUAAGUGCCUACGGAAUUUCCUGCAGGAGAAGGACUUCUGCCCUUUGGAUCGCAAAAGGCUUCACUUUAAGCUGUGCAAAAAAUCCAGCAUCCUUGUUCACAAACUGCUCGACAAGCUCUUAGUGUCAUGUCCCUUUUCCUCCGUGUGUGAGGAAGUAAUGCAACGAUGUGACCUGGAGGCACACCUCAAAAACAGGUGUUCCGGGGCUUCCCAUCGAAGAGCUGCCUUGGAGAGGAGAAAAAAUAGCAAAUUGCAGGCAGACACGGAGAGUGAGAGCGAGAGCGGUAUGAUAGAUCGGCCAGGUUCUCAGUCUCCUGAUGCAGAGCAUGCUGGGACAGGCACGGCGCCAGCGGAGCAGAGCUUUACAUCAGCAACUGUUCCUGUGUGGACAGAUGAGUCUGGCCUUGACAACCCUGCCUUUGAGGAGAACACAGGGGCUGACACAACCCAUCAGCCGCCAAGCUUGCCGGAAGGCGAAAUCACCACCAUUGAAAUUCAUCGGUCCAAUCCUUAUAUCGAGCUGGGAAUUAGCAUAGUGGGUGGCAAUGAAACACCUUUGAUCAACAUUGUUAUUCAAGAGGUUUAUCGCGAUGGAAUUAUCGCCAGAGAUGGAAGGCUCCUUGCCGGGGAUCAAAUACUGCAGGUCAACAACUUUGACAUCAGUAACGUCUCCCACAACCACGCCAGGGCCAUCCUCUCCCAGCCUUGCACCGUGCUUCACCUCACCGUCCUCCGGGAGAGGCGGUUUGGAAGCCGGACUCACAACCACAGUGAUGGCCCUCCUCAGCGUGAGGAGAGUUUUCACGUGACUCUGCAUAAACGCGACUCCAAUGAACAGCUUGGUAUUAAGCUGGUGCGGAGAACGGACGAGCCGGGAGUUUUUGUCCUCGAUCUCUUGGAAGGUGGCUUGGCUGCUCAAGACGGCCGACUCUGCAGCAACGACAAGGUGUUGGCAAUCAAUGGGCAUGACCUGAAGCACGGCACACCUGAACUGGCCGCUCAGAUUAUCCAGGCCAGUGGUGAAAGAGUGAGUCUAACCAUUUCCAGGCCAGCCAAGUCCCAGAUCAUGAGCAUCCUCAGAGACGGUGGGAGUCAUCCCAUCAGCCAACACCAGUCUCAUCAGCUGUAUCAUAGUAAUAGGCCCAGCCCACAUAAGGAUCUUUCCCAGUGCGUCACUUGUCAAGAGAAGCACAUCACGGUGAAGAAGGAACCCCACGAAUCCCUCGGCAUGACUGUGGCUGGAGGCCGAGGCAGCAAAAGUGGGGAAUUGCCGAUAUUUGUCACGAGUGUGCAGCCCCAUGGCUGCCUGGCGAGAGACGGAAGGAUUAAAAGAGGUGAUGUGCUGAUGAAUAUAAACGGCAUUGAUCUGACCAACUUGAGUCACAGCGAGGCAGUGGCUAUGCUCAAAGCCAGCACAGCCUCCUCAGUCGUUUCCCUUAAAGCUUUGGAGGUCCAGAUCGCCGAAGAGCAGCCCCAGGCAACUGACGAACAACCAAGCACCAUCAGCGAGAAUGAAUAUGAUGCCAGUUGGUCACCCUCAUGGGUGAUGUGGCUGGGACUUCCAAGCUGCCUGCAUAGCUGCCAUGAUGUCGUCCUGCGGAGGAGCAAUUUAGCGAGCUGGGGCUUCAGCAUUGUGGGCGGCUAUGAGGAGAACCACACGAACCAGCCUUUCUUCAUAAAAACGAUUGUCCUGGGAACACCAGCAUACUUUGAUGGAAGACUAAAAUGCGGCGAUAUGAUAGUUGCAGUGAAUGGACUUUCAACCGUGGGCAUGAGCCAUUCAGCGCUGGUCCCUAUGUUGAAGGAACAGAGGAACAAAGUCACUUUGACAGUUAUCUGCUGGCCAGGAAGUCUCAUAUAG